CCAACCAGCAGGGUGUCCUCCAUGAUCCCAAGCCUACCUUACCUUCAAGGCAGCAGCUCAUCUCAACAAGCCAGCCCUGUGUCAGGCCACAACAUGUGGCCACCUACUGGAGCAGAGUCCGCUUACAAUCCAGGAUCUUCUCACACCCCAGUGUCUCCAAGGUUUGCCUUCUCCUCCAGUCCCCCUAUCUCUGCCCCUUCUAGCAGAGAAGUGUCUUACAGCAGCCCCCUGGCCAUCUCAAGCAAUGGAAGGGAGCCUUAUAGCAGGGGUCUGAGUGCCACUUACCCCAGCCCUUACCCUGCAUAUGUGAGCCCUGAUAUGGGCGCUGCCUGGACUACCUCUCCCUUCGAUAGCUCCAUGCUGCACAAUCUGCAGAGCAGAGGAGGACCUGGGACCCCAAGACACCCCAAUAUAGGUAAGAUCUACAUAUUAGACAUUCAUGUAAAAAUUGCCUGAAAUAGCAUAAUAAUUAAAUUACCAUUGCAAAGACUGGACCAAUUCUUACAUUUAAUCUGGAGAGCGGAAAUAUUUCAUAGAUAUAAGAUUUGUGUUGUUAUAAACUGUUAUUUUUUUUUUUUUUUUAGGUAGAACAGAAAUAAUUAUCGAACACUAAUUUGCAUUGCUUUUUAAAAACUUAGAGGAAAAGAUAGUGUGUGUGUGUGUGUAUGUAUAUAAAUAAUAAUUAUUUUUUAAAUGCAUUAAUCUAUUACAGUGUUGUGAUCUAACUUUGUUUUAAUAUGUAGAGAAGAAACAUUGCAUCAUUAUCUAGAAAAUAAUUUCCAUUUAUAUACAUUUGUGAGAGCAGAUCAUUUUUUAGAGUGGAGAAAUAUUUAAUCUUACUUACAAUCUGGAGAACACAAGUUUGGUAUCACUAUAGUAUCAACUCUUAGAAAUGAUUAAAUUUUCUAUACAAUCUGAGCAGAACAUUUUCUCCUUAGCAGGAGGUAUAUUCAGUUCUGGAUGUAAUCUAGAAAGCAGAGCUAUUAUGUUAUCUAGAGAGGAUAAAUCUGUCACUGUGCACUCACUCUGGAGAGCAGAUACAGUGUAUCAUUCUCCAAACUGGAUACUUAAUACAUUUUCUGUACAACAUGGAGAGCAUUAAUAUUGUAUAAUUAAUUCCAAAACCAAUCUAGAAUUCAAACGGUUUCCUUACCAGGAUAAAAAUGCCAAUAUCGGAUCUGGAACAUACUGAUACACUUACACUUUUAUUUACUAAGGUGAUAAUCGCGAAUUCCAAUUUAAGGUCAAAAUAGCCGAAUUUUUAAAAAAUCACUACUUUCUAUACUUCGAAUUCGGCUACUCUGGUCUUCAAUUUAAAAUCCACUUUUAAUACUUACUGUAAGUAAAUCACUCUGACAUUAUAAAAUAAAAUACAUCAUUUUACAGGAAAAUAAAACCUUUUAAUUGUGAUAACGGCAAGUUCGGGGUUAUUUUACUAAAAUCCUAAUUGUAGGAAAUUUAAUUUCAAAUUAUAAAAUUCGAACUUAAAAUUGUUAAGCCGUGUCUGUAACAUAGUUUUUUUUUUUUUAAUUAUUAUUAUUCCAAGCUCAGCUAUUUUUGACAAUUUUUCCAUUUUAAUUUUUCAAUUUAUUUAUUUAUUUUGCAAUAUUCGUUUCAAGUCGCCAGAAUGACUUUGCAAUUGGGUGAAUUUCUCCAAAUCGGCUUUUCUUGUCUUUUCUCACUAAAAUGAUGUUCUGGAUUAUUUUACCAAUAGCAGAGAUAAUUCACUGCAUUGCCAAACCUCUAAUUCUCUUUAUAGUCUCACUUUCAGGAUUAUAUAAUCCGUGUACCAUUGUAUUAGGGCUAGUAAUUUCAUGGAUUUUAGAACGUUCUAUUCUCGUUUAUUGCUAUAGUUAUAUAUGAGGAAAAAUCUAAAUAUCAACGAUAAAUUAUUCUAAAUUGUGAUCAAUAGGCAGAAAUCUAGAAAGCCGGAAUAAUAUACAUACACAUAUAUAUAUUUUACAUUUUACCAAACCUAUAUCUUUGUAGUAUUUCUGAAUAUAGCCCUGUGUGUUUUAAUGUAUUUUCAUACAAUUAAAUGAUUAUGAGAUAGAUAGAUAGAUAGAUAUAUAUAUAUAUAUAUAUAACAUUUGUGUGUAUGUAUAGAAUAUAUUCUGGUCUGUAAAUGCAUUGUGUGUGUGUGUUUGUGUGUAUAGAAUAUAUUGUGUGUGUGUGUGUGUGUGUACUGUCUAAGAAUAACAUAAUAUUUGCAAUGAUUCUCAGUCAGGGUGGAGAAUGCCCCACUGUUUAGUCAAUAUGCCCCAUAGAUUAAUUGCUAUAGAUUUCCCAUUAUUGGAAGGGUAGCACUGGGCAAUAUAAUGCACUAUUCGGCGUCCUAUAUUAAAUGCUAUUUAGGAAUAUGGCGAUACAGCCUGUCGGUAAAAUCGGAGAUGGAAUUCUCCACAAGCGUUAACAUCCCUAUCAUUUUAUUUCCAGAAUAUAAAUCCAGAUCAAUGAAUUUGGGAUAAUUAAUACGAUGUGAAUGGAAUGAGUCACUUUGUGUUGGAGUUGUGAAAUUGUCUGGAUAAUAUUGUUCUGCCAGGAUGUUAGUUUGUUACAUUGUAUCACUGUGUCAUAUUGUGUCACUAUGACAGCAAGAUUCUGACACAUUUUAUAUAUAAACACACACACACACAUACACAGCAAGAUUCUGACACAUUUUAUAUAUAAACACACACACACAUACACAGCAAGAUUCUGACACAUUUUAUAUAUAAACACACACACACACACAUACACAGCAAGAUUCUGACACGCUUUAUAUAUAAACACACACACACACACACACACACACACACAUACAUACACAGCAAGAUUCUGACACGCUUUAUAUAUAAACACACACACACACACACACACACACACACAUACAUACACAGCAAGAUUCUGACACGUUUUAUAUAUAAACACACACACACAGCAAGAUUCUGACACAUUUUAUAAAUACACACAUACAUACACACACAGCAAGAUUCUGACACGUUUUAUAAAUACACACACACACACAUACAUACACAGCAAGAUUCUGACACAUUUUCUGGGAGUUUUUUUUCUAAACUGAGCACUGUUUACAAAUAUUUACCUGUUUUUAUAUGUAUUUAUUUUUGUAAACAGCUGGCAGUUUGGAAAACAAACUCCUAGAAUAAGAGGCAGAAUCUUGCUGUGUGUGUGUGUGUGUAUGUAUGUGUGUGUGUGUGUAUGUGUAUAUAUAUAUAUAUAUAUAUAUAUAUAUAUAUAUAUAUAUAUAUAUAUAUAUAUAUAUAUAUAUAUAUAUAUAUAUAUAUAUAUAUAUAUAUAUAUAUAUAUAAUUAGACAAAUACUUAAAUGAUGUUAAACAGCUAUAUAUGUGUCAAUGCUAAAUAUGCAGUUAUUCUGGUUAAUGAGAACAUUCUUAGUCCUUUCCAAUGUGAUAUACACAGUGCCUGAGUGCAAUGAUACAUGGAGUGAAGGAACUCCCAAAUAUACAGCCCACCCCCUCCACGGGCCUAGAGGAAGCCCUCCUGCACAUUAGCUGUAACUGUAUAUUUUGGGUUCUCAUUUGGUCCUGCACCAGAUCUACCUGCUCCUCUCUCCUUAUUCUCUAUACAGAGCUCACUAGCACUUGGCUUCUAUAUAGAUUUAUAAAUUGUAACUGGAUCAUAUUCUAUAACUAACUGCAAUAAUAAUUACAUCUGGUAUUAAUAGUUCUCACACCUUCUAAACUUUCCUCCAGUUCCCUUCUCUGAUAUGGGAGAAAGUCUACACCUGGUGGCCAGGUGACCGUUCUCCUAAUGUCAGGAUGACAAUACAAAACAAUAAUCACAUUUUUCUUCCUGUCUUAUAACUUGAACUCCCAUCAUGCUUCGCUUGACUGAGCAUGCUGGGCUUGUUAGUUAUAUGGAAUGCCAGAAGGCACAAUGUAGUUAGCGGUUUAGGCCUCAGUAUGUGACCUUGGAUUCUGGGCACAGGUUCAAUAUUCUGCCAGUUUAUUCUAGAACCUGCACAUCACUAGCGAAUUAGCCAACUAGAUGUUUUCUCCUCAAUAAAUAAUAUAUUAUCAUGCCUCGGGGAUGAGCCCACUAUACUCUCUAUAACAGGGACAGGCAACCUUGGGCAUGUUCUAUAAUGCUCUUACAUAGGUAGUGCUGGCAAAGCAUAAAGGGGGAUGUAGUCCACAACAUCUGGAGUGUGCAAGGUUACCCCUGCUCUAUAAUAGUGAUUUGGCAAUUACCCUUCGCCCUGCACUGCCAAUGCCAGCCCUGCCUUGACUGUCAGUCUACACCAUAAACUCCUAAGACCUGACUUGUUGAAGAGCGAAAGCCCUUCUAUUAUUCAAUAUUGUUGAUAACAUUUUUAAAGAAGCCGUAUCAGGUCAGUCUCCUUUAUAUAGUAUAAGCUGUUUAGUAUUCUGUGCCUUUGGGAUUUCUUUGCUAAACCGUGGAUCUCCCAAUAUUUAUAAAAACAGAUUAAAUAUAAACUAAGCAAAAUCCCUUGUCUUCAUAGUUCAGUGGUUCUUGAACUCUGGUUCAUGAUGUAAAAUUGGGGGCCCUGUGCUGCUUCAGGUGAUCCCUAUUGGUAAUAGCAAACACAUUAUUUUUUUCUGACCUCAGACAACUGACCGGAAUAACAUGUUUUCUGUGAGAACACUGCUUCCCCCAGAUCAGCGAAGACCACUUUGUAACCAAGAGCAUAAUAUAUUUUGAUACUAAACUACAUGACAAUUAAAGAAUGGGUCACUGAGGUAAACUUAAAAUUGAAGAAUAGGUUUCCAGAGGAAUGCCAAGAGGGUAAUUUGGGUCCCGUCAAUAAAAGCUUAAAGGGACACUAUAGGCACCCAGACACCUUCAGCUCAUUGAAGUGGUCUGGGUGCACUGUCCCUGUCCUACUUAGUCCUGCAAUGUAAAUCAUUGUAAUUUUAGAGAAACCACAGUCAUUACCUUGCAGGACUAAGACUGCCUCUAGUGGCUGUCAAUCAGCCACUAGAAGCACUUCCUGCUUGCUAGGCGACUUUUGUUUGCCUAACUGACUCUGGACGUCCUCACGCUCUACAUGAGGACAGGAAGCAUCAGUAAGAUCCCCCUAGGAAAGCAUUGCUACAUGACAUUCGCUGUUCAGUAGUAUCUCCCCCCCUCCCCCCUCGUCGGGUGAUGUCAGAAGAAGCAGAGCACCAAGGGAGAUCGGCGCUGAAAUCGGGUAAGUACAAUUAGGGUUUACAGUGACUUGUAUUCCUAGCACUAUAAUAUCCCUUUAAGAACCAGUGUCCAAGAUUAGAGUAAUAUUUUCAGUCCCCUCCACCUUACUCUGAAUAUGUCAACUUGGGAGAAUCAGCGCUGUUGGCAGUUCAGGAUGCCAAGUCUCCAUGGAAAGAAAUUGUGUAACGUGUUAUUUGGCAUUUUUUAUUUUGAAUUAAUCGAACAGGAAAUAAUUUUAUUUUACGCAUUUAAUUUUUUUAUCAGUGCAUUUGGUUACAUAGAAUAUAUCAUUUAUGGCAUGUUAGCCAUGUUUAUGGGGGUGCAGAGAGUGUAAUAUCCAGCCAUAAUUGCCCCUCUAGCAGCUCUGCAGUGAGAGGGACACACUGUCUACAGAAGUGGCUCAGUUGGUUAAUGCUCAUAUUAGAGUCCUGUUUAAGCCGGGUAGUAGGUUACCGUCGUUGUUUGGUUAUUUCCGUCCUCUAUUUUUUUAAUGAUUAAUGACAUUCGUACAGUUAAACUGAUUAUUGGUAAUAACACUCUACAAGUUGUUUUAAGUUUUGCACAAAAACUAACUCAAGAAACUCCUAAUUCAUCUUUAAAUCUACUUUAAAAAAAAAAAAAUAUUAAAUUGUGUUUUUAAAUGUUCCGCUCAUCACUUCGCUGAACAAGUUUGUUGCUAAAAAAUGUUCUGUUUUUAUGGGAAGCCAUGUUUCAGGAUCAUUCUGAGGAAUUAAAAGUUAAAUCAAAGAAUUUCAAAUAUUGAGGUGAAACGUCUAAAGCUGGAAUCAUUUUCCACAUCCCCCGUGCUUUCAGUUUGGCCGUUGUUGUCUAAAAUUUGAAAUUAAGUUUAAAAUCCCCUUAAAUCCCGUACAAUUCAAGUUUUAGUGAAUAACGAGGUCUAGUCCUAUUGCAGGAACACUGUAGCUUUAGGAAUACAAAUCUGUAUUUCCAACGCAUAUUAGUGUCCUUCCCCCCCCCCACCCACUUCGUACGACAUCACUGAGAAGGCAUGGCUCCUCCGCGAUGUUCCAUUCUAAUUCUCUCACAUAGGAAAAUGCUGCGCAUGCAUUCAAAGGUUUCCAUAGGAAAGCAGUGUAUCAAUGCUUUUUUAUGGGGCUUCCACAUCACGUAACCACGUUAAACUUGGUCAGUGCAGUGGCAGUGUCUCUAGUGAAGGUCAUACUGACAGCCACUGUAAACAUUGCAGGGUUAAGAGGACAGGGACUGUUCUGCUCUGGCAAGAAUCGCUAUUCCUAAUGUACGGUAUAGGUUAGCACCCGAUAAUUUGCAUUGUUGAGACUAUUGUAUCAAAUUAGUUUUUUAUUGACUUUAAUAUUGGUAUUUAUGUUGCGCCAACUUAUUCCACUGCAUUUUACAAUAUUUAAAAAGGGGGGGAAUUUGAAAACAAAUGAGACAAUUACAAAAUGUUACAGGAACGAUAGGUUGAUGAGGACCUUGCUCAAACAAGCUUACAGUCUAGCAGAGGAGAGACAUGUGAUGACAUGUUUAUUUCGAUCUGCCCCUUUAAAAAAUGUUAAUUUACAUAUGUGGCCUUUGCUGUUAUCUAGUAAUCCAUGUAAUUCAUUGUAAAAGAUGGAAAACCAAACUUUUGGCGACCGAUCCAAACAUUGGCAUCUUGAGUGAUAUAGCUUAGUUGGAUUCUGAAACUUCUUUCGCCCUUUAUCAAAAGUCAUUCAAACAUAACAUAUAUACAGUUUGUAGAAAAUGAAUCUCUUACAUUGUGAUACUCCGAUGUUAGCGGACAUUCAGUGUAAAAUCUCUUUCAAGGGACAGGUCAAUGACCAUAAACACUGAGAAUUCCAGUAUAAGUUAUGGCAUAAGGAGGUCCCUUAUCCAUUUUUCCAUGAAUUCAGUUAUGUCCUUUUUAAAAAGAAUUAGUCCCUGACCUUUAUAAACUGGCGUGUAUCUUUGCUGAUGGUUGUCUCUUUGCUUUGCACAGGCGUCUUCAAAGCUGUUGGUUAGACGUCAACUCAGAUCCCAGGCAAUCCUCUGGGUUCAACAUGUCAUCACAGGCGGACACCGUUUCCGUCCUUUCCUUUAAUUAUAUAUACAUUUCUAAAUUAUUUGUAAUCUCUUGCAAUCUAAUUAUCCACUCCAGCUCCUCGCCUUUACAACAUAAAAAUAAUAUUUACAAAUUAGGUGUUUACAGUGCAGUAUACAGGGUGUCUGGUUGUGAAAGUAACAAUCAGACCUGUGCGUUCGGUUUUGGCCAAAUGGAAUUUCGUUUGAAUUUAAGCAAAUCGAUAAUUUUUUAAAUAUUUUUCAGUACAUGGACUGACCCACGUUUGCGCAAAAUAUUUUGUCCAAAUUAUUUUCCUAAAUCUUUUUCCAUGAUUAUAUUCGGACAAGUCAAAGCAUCAGGUUCUGCUUAAACAUAUUUUUCCUCCAUGCACGUCUAGUGACAAUGAGUGAUUUAUUGUUCUAAAGACUUGUGACCAUCACAUCUACUGCAGAAUGACCCAAUUCCUGUAAAUGACAGGGACAUUUUAUCUAACUGAUGGGUCUUGUUGACGUCAAUAAACAAUGACCGUUAAAUCUAAUUAUGUUAAGCAGAUGCACUUUGAGAGAAAAGGGAAGCUUUUCAGGGGGUAAGCAUGUUAAUUUCGUAGAAGAUAAACAUUUGGGAGGCAAUGAUGUUGUCAGAUCUGUAGUAAGUGUAUUUUGUAGAGAUAGUGAAAUAAACUAGUUAUACCCACAGAGCUCACAUGGGGUGUUUCAAUGUAUCAGAUGAAUGCAAGUGAAACGAACAUGAAUUUCCAUGAAUUUUGUUAUGUCCUUUUUAAAAAAACGAAAUUUAGAACGAUCUGCAAUAUCUUAUUUUUUUAACUUUGUAAUUUUUGCAUUUUCUGGUACAUAUCAGGAAAAACCUGGAAAGUAAUUAUUUGACUUAAAGUAGCCGGUGCUGACAGUAGUUUUGGGGAAGUUUGGAUAUGUUUUGUUUAUAGUUAUAAAAUAGAAUUGUUACUUGUUAAACCAAAAAGCCAUCUGCUGAGGGCCCAGCUUGAUAUCCGGGAUGCAUUCUCUGUACACAGACUGUGAUGUGCAUGCAGGGAUUUUUGGGAAGAUGAGGUGUAAGAUGAGUGGAGCACUGAUUCCUGAUGAGAUGUGUGGAGAUAAGUGUGCUUUAUUUACUUACCUCUGCUGUACACUUCAAGUCAGUAAAGGCUUCCAUGGUAGUGUUUGUUUAUUGAAGAAAGGUAUAGAGGUACCGUCACCUUUCUUUUCCAAUAAACUAUAGGUACCAGGCCCUUUAGGAAUGUUUCCACGAAUGAUUGCAAGUAGGAGCAACAUAGUAUCCAUGAGAAAUUCACUCCUGGUGGAUGCUCUGUACUGUGUCUCCUUGUUCAUAUCCCCCGCCCCCCCUCCAAGAGCCAUCAAAAUGACCUAGAAGAAUGGCUUUUAUUCUAUCAGGAUUGUAUUCUAUCUAAUAUUGCUGAUUCACGCUCCUCACAUGAGUACAUCUUAUAGAGUGACCACAUUGAGUUCUCUACUUGCUUUUUUGAAAAACAUUUGUGACCUCAGUAAGGUCCAGAGGUGGUCCACCAGUGGAUCAAGCAUUUAAGGAAGGAUGGUAGGCAACCUUCGGCUCUCCAGAUGUUGUGGACUAUAAUGUUCUUACAGCUGUAAUGCCAGCAAAGCAUCUUGGGAUAUGUAGUACACAUCUAAAGUGCCAAUUUUGCCUACCCCUGACUUGUGGCAUCAUGGGUCUGGUUAUUGGUCAUUUAAUGCACCCAUUAUGAUAUGACAUGAUAGAACAUUUGCUCCCCAGAGACUACAUACUAUGGCCAGAGAAGUUUUUUAUUUAUUUAUUGGAAAAUGAAUAGUCAUUUUCUUAGAGAUAAUGGGAGCCUUUCUACUCCAUUACAAUAUCUAAACUUAUUUUUAUCUAUACAUAUAACUUAUUUUGAUCUUUGAGUCCAAGUCCAGGUGGUGGUGGAAUUGUUGUGGCGUUUUACAACUAGUGUAUGAAAUUUAUUCUAUUAUUUAUUACAAAACAAUACAUCAUCUAGAUCGAUUCAAUUUAACCAGAUACAAACGUCUCUGGUUAUAGAAUUCUGCCAUCGCUGAACAUCCUGUAAGCUUCCUAUAUAUUAGAAUAUAAUCUCACGCAGAAAUAAAAACUGCUGUAAACAGUCAUUCUGAAAUCGAAUUUUCCCACCAUUCUCUUGGACACGCAGUGGGAUGCUGUGUCUGGAGCAAGUUCUUGAAAUAUGGCACCCCCCCAUUUAUGUUGAAUACAAACAUAACAAUUGGUUGUACCAUCUAAACAAACCACACUCCUGACUCACUAAUAUUUAAAGGGGGGUCAGGACUGGCUGCCACCUCUCCUGGCACCCCAUACAUUGGUUUUAGGAAAUUUAAAAUAAGCAGGUUCUAAAGUAAAAAGAGAGGUAAUGGCUGAACUUUUAAAUCAAUGCUCCAUCGAGGCUCUCUAGAAUCCAUAUUAGCGGGUGUCGCAAUCUUUUUUUUCUCCUAUUUCCUCAUCCAAAGUCUUACAGGUUAGAUUGAUCAUUUUUAUUCUCACAUCCAUCUGGGCAUUGGCGUGAAGGGCUUUUUAGUAAAGGCCGAUUGCACUGAAUCCCUACUGCCUAUGAUCGCAAACACAUGCCCUCUCCCCUAAAUAAUCCUGGGUUAAAUUAUUCCUUAUUCAUUCUCCUGAACAGCUUCAGUUAUGCUGAUGUAGAACUUUGAGGUUUCACUGUGGUUGCUUUGAGUGAUCCAUCAUUUUGACCAGACCCCCUAAUUUGCUGCAAUUAAUGAAUAUUUAGGUAAUAAGAGUUAGAAAAUUAAGGCUGGAACAAACCGUCUGGCCACUCCUCUAGCCAUCAUCGCAAAUUAGAGAAUCUGUUCCUGACCCUAAAGAGGUGACGAAACACAAGGUGAUUUAGAAAACGUGACAUAUUAUUUUAGGAUAAAGAAAAUCUGUACCAAACUUCCUUCCUAGAUAUUAUGUAGUACAGAUUCUUGUACAGAUCUAUUUUUAUUUUUUAUCUUUUUUUUUAUUUUAUUUUUUUUAUCCUAUACCAGUAAAAGUUACAUUUUUAUUAACCCCUUGUCUAUUUUCCUUACCUCUUUAUCGUUAAAGGAGCUAACGGAAUUUCCGGCUUAGCAGCUACCGCCUCUCUAGUGCUGGAGGCGGAGAGUGGCACGAGGCGGACCCCAUGUAAGAAGCCUAACCAUUCAAAAUUGGUUUGGCUACUUAGAAUGGGGAUGCCAGGCACUCCUGGCACUCUAAUAACUACAGCAAUGUGUAGUGGUUAUGGUGAUUGGAGUGUUCCUUUAAUUCUCUACAUAAAUGUAUCAAAUUGCGUCACAGUAGGGACACCACCUACGGCUAAUUUAUAUACUCUAUCAAUGUUGUUGUUUUUUCUUUCCCUUGAUGGGUCUAUUAGGAGUGCAAACCUGUAGGUUAACAGCCUUUAUUAAUUUAUUUAGAGCCCUAUCAUUGUAAAUGGCUCCGAUAACCAUUAAUGGUAAUUAUUAUUCUUUGGAACCUAUUUAUAUUUAGAGGUUUAUGAUCCUCUCCUUUCCCACAGUGUUAAGUAACAAACAGGAGAUUUAGAUAGAACUUGCUCAGCCCAAACCUAUAGAGAUCCAAAGAUUACUCUAUCCAUUUAGUGCUUUGUUUAUCAACGGCCGAGCAAUAAACUCAUCAGGAUAAAAGGAAAUUAACCUUUCUUUAUUGAGAAUUUCAAGGUAGGUUGUGAUGUGAUUAACACUUUUCCUGAAUUGCGGAUAAUUGAAUGUCAAAGUACAACUGACACCGCAAUAAGGUAAUAGGGAUUUCGGAUUCCGAAAUUGUACCCAAGUUCAAGCAGCUGUUUAAUUUUUCCCAUGCAGGUAGGGAACCUCAAUAUAUUUUGUGAAGACAGAGCGAAAGAACUGACAAGGGAACUGCAUAUUUAUGCUACAUUUGUAAAAUUGGAGAGAAUCUUAUGUAUUCUCCACUUUGCUCUUUUUUGGCACAAAAUUAUGUUGGUGAAUAAAAACAACCUUUUGGAUUUAUUCAAUAAAAACAGAAAUUAUAGAGCAUUAACAAGCCAAAUCUAAAUUAUUGGUAAAAGUAGCGAGUUAGAGAAUUUUUAAUUUUCAACUUUGUACUGUACCAUUCUAAAAGAAUAUUCUUUAAAAAAUGUUCCACAUCAGGCAUCACUAUGCUUAUUAAAGAGAAAUAUCUUAAUUAUCUUCAAUGAGUUUACACGCUUAGUGUUGCCUAGUAUCACUUUAGGGUUAAUCCUGGUCUAAGGGCACCAGCACAACAUUGUUUUUGCAUGUUUGAACCUGAGUAGGUUUUGCAAAAUAAAUUAAUUUGCAAAAUGCUGCAACAUAGCCCCAUUCUACAAUGCUUGCUUCUGAGUUCGGCGCAUACACAGCUCUCAUAGAGCCGAAACUCCUGCUUGGUUUACCAAAAGAGGACCCCAAGACAAAGUAUCACUGCUUGUCUAUCUUGGGAUAGAAGCCCCAAAUUAAACUUUAAUAGAUAAAUACCUUAGUUAUGGUUCCCUCAGCCUAUAAUAGCACCAUACCUGUUAAGAGACCUGUCCUGGCUCUGGUCACACCACGGUGCAGGAAGUGAGAUGGCCUUGCUAAAUCUCAUCCACCCCUAAGUGGAAGAUUUCCUAUGGACCGCCCUGCACAUAUUGUACAUAAAUAUAUUUUUCCCUUUGCCAAAUUUUAUUCUCUGUGGUCAGAUUAAUACUUCGCUUGUAGUCAUGUGACACAAGGAGUGGGCACUGAUUUGCUGAAAUUCUUUGUUGCCAUGACAUGGAGGAAGAACGAACUGCCCGGUCUGUUUGGUUUUAUUCUCUUAGAGCUCGUUGACUUGGUGACACAGUGGCCGUGGCACCUUUAGAACAACUUAAUCUGAAGAAUGUUUGUUUUAAUAUUCACACUAUUUAAAAAAAAAAAAGAUAUUGUUAAUUGGCCCUCUGCUUGUCAUUAUAAAAAUCCUCACCAGUCGCUUAAUGCAGUGUGGUCACUUGUAGGCUCUCUGCAUUUUUUUUCUAUUUCGGAGAAGAAACCUUGGGGAGAGUGGGAAGGAAUUAUCUGAAGAUCUCCCUCCUGCCAUCUUCUGGUCUUUAGCUCCAGUCAGUUCUAAGCCAUGUCUUAUUGUGAAUGAGUGAAUACAACUCUGGUUUCCAUUGAAGGUCCCACAAGAUUGAGGAUCCUCUAUAGAUCCUUGUGCGCAUGCACAAUGAGACACAAUUAUGGAAGAAAUCAGAAUUCACAGCUCUGCUUUAAAAAAGGAUUGGACUCAUUUAUGUUUCUUUGGACUUACUGUACAUGUAAAAAAGAAAAGUGUUGAGAAGAUUAAACAUUUGAAAAAGUUUACAGUUGUGGUAAAUGGGUGUUUAGGAUUAUCGAGUUUGGGGUAAGAGGGAUUACAUUAGUAUUGGAGUAUAUGUUUUUCAAGAGGAGUUUAAUCUGGGAUUAAGGAAAUGCGAUUUUUUUUAGAACUUGAGUGCUUAAAUCAGACAAACAGGGUUUGUUUAGAUUUUGGGAGAGGUUAAAUUUUGUGUUAGGUCAAAGGUAGCUUAGAGUAUGUGGAUCUUGAAGGUUUGUUUGCAAAGUCUUCAGUAGUCCAGUCAGGCUCCUAUGAUAGCAGAGCUAUUGUAGCUGUUAUACAGUGUGCAUCACUCAGUGAUGUCCCCUGCUCCCCCUGCAAGGCAUUUCCUGUGUGAAAGGCUGUUAGAGGGCAGAUCGGAAGUGAUUCCUUCCACUUCCUGUCCAGUCUCACACACAGACACUGGAGGAACUGGGAAAACACCAGUGGCGGAUCCAGAGCCUGAUCUCGGGAGGGGCACUUGUAGAUUAUUUAAAGAAAUAAUCCAGACACAAUAACCACUACAGCUCAGUGUAGUGGUUAUGGUGUCUAUAGUGCCGGGACCCCCUCCCAGAGUAAGUAGUCAAACCGUUUAAGAACAGUGUGACAACUUACCUGAGGUCUGCUGGGAAAUGGGGCUGUAGUAGUGCAUAGGAGCAGUAGUGUGUGUGAGUGGUGCAAUGUGUAAGGGGUGCAGUGUGUGUGUGAGGGGGACAGUGUGUGAGCGUGUGUGAGAGCGGCAGUGUAUGUCAGGGAUGCAGUGUAUGUGUGGGACAGUAUGUGUGUGUAACAGUUGCAGUGUGUGUGUGUGAGUAUUGCAGUGUAUGUGUGAGUGUGGGCAAUGUGUGUGUAUAUGGGGCGGCAGUGUAUGGGGGCAGUGUGUGUGUGUGUGUGUAUGGGGGCAGUAUGUGUGUAUGGGGGCAGUGUGUGUGUAUGAGGGGGCAGUAUGGGGGCAGUGUGUGUGUAUGGGGGGCAGUGUGUGUGUAUGGGGGCAGUGUGUGUGUGUGUGAUAUAAGGGUAUGGGGGCUUUUUUUUUAAUAUAUAUAUAUAUAUUUUUUUUAUUUAAAUAAAUAUUCUAUGUCCCCCCUCCCUUCUUACCUUUACUGGGGGGAGGGGGGACAUUUCCCUGGCGGUCUGGUGGGGAUUCAUUGGUGGUCCCAGUGGGGAGAGUGAACUCUAGCCCACGCUCCCGGGCUAGAGUUCACUCUCGCGACAUUUGGAGCAUUGCCGUGGUAACCGCGGCAACGCUCCAAAUCUCGCGAGAGGAGGACCCGGAGGAGCUGCAGGCUGAGCUCCCGGGUCCUCUCUCUCACUCCCUCUCCCUCCCCUGCCGGCUGUCAGGACAGUGCCUGCAGACCGGGGAGGGAGAUCUGUGAUCUCCCAUCCGGUCCGCAGGCACAUUGCAGGGCUGGCAGGGGAGGGAGAGGGAGACCGUCGGUAUUCUCGGGGGGGGCAAUUGCCCCGUUGCCCCACCCCUGGAUCCGCCACUGGAAAACACUGAGUUUUACACAAACUAUAACUGUUCCUGCAGCUCUGUUCUCAGACUGACUGGACUGCAGAGGACAAUGACCAAGGAUCCUGGUACUUAUCUACCAUACUAUUUGGCCUGCCCUCACUCUAGUAAUUGUUAAUGAAUCCUUUAUUGGAAUAAGAUCUACAUUGGAGGGAUGUUAAAAACUUACAUCCUGGUGACGUGCUUCCAUCCUUUUUAUGAUCCUCUGUGAUACUUUCCCCCCCACAAUUCCCUGUAUGCACGUUUAGUCACAGGCCAAGUCUAGAAGAACUGUUGUUGUUGUGGUUCUAUUUACUUAUUUUUGUUUAUAACCCCACAAAUAUUAGAUGCACAACAAAUACCUGCAUUUUAAAUGUCUUAAAUAUGACAUUACCUUCAAAGUGUCAAUUCCUUAUUAAAUAAACAUAUGCUUUAGGCAUGCUAUAAUUUUAUUUGAGUAAUACAAUAUUAGAUUGGUUAUGAGUACAUGACCCCAUUCCCACCAAAGUAUCCUUAACUGUAUUUCCAAGACCUGGCACUGAAAAGGUUAAUUAGAUAUUAACCACUUAAGAGUCUUAUAAAAGUUGGCAGGCUUUCUUUGUGAUGGCCGCCAAUUUCCUGUGGGUUAUUAAAAAAUAAUUUAUGGUGGUAUAAAAACAAAAACCAUCGAUCAUUGAAGAGUACCUGAAUUCUCUGUGCCUCAUUCAAUUGAUGUAGAUCGAUAGCCUCUCGUCGCAAGUUAAUAAUAAUCGCUGAAUAAACUUAGAAGUCUCAAAGUUCAGCCACGUUCUGCAACGUUUCAAAAAAAAAAAAAAAAACACCCAGAGGACAAAGCGAAGAACUUUUCAUUGAUCUGUCCAAAACAGGUGGGAGUUUGAACCUGUCCACAGUGUUUUUCUACAAAUUAUGUUCUUAUCUAAAUCGUUACCUAUCUAAUAAUGUAUGUCACUUAAGAUAAAAAGUUCAACCAAACCGUGUGUUGGAAAGUCACACGUAAUUAUUCUGUAAGCUGCUCAGAAAAGGAAUUUGAUAUUUUUAUUGUAUUUAUUUUCUUUUCUUUUUCCUUUCAUACAACCUUUCUUCCUGUGUUUGUAGUGAUUAAAGGGCAACUAAAGUCACCCUGUCCACUUCAGCUCAAUAAAGUGGUCUUGGUGCAGUGGUACAUACCAUAAUUUAACCAUCUCUAGUUACUGUCAUACAGACCGCCACUAGAUGCAUUCGAUAUUGCGCUGAGUUAGUGGUAGGGAUGUGCAUGGGCAAACAAUUUGGUUCGGAAAUUUGGGUAAGUAAAAAAAAAAUUGUUUGUUUCGGCAAUUCGGACCAAUGGUAUUCAGUUUGGUUCGGCACUACUGAACUUUGGCGGUUUGGUUUGGCACUUCGGACAUUUGUAAGCAUCCGAAUGUUCGAACUGCACGAAAUGCAAAUUUAACAAGUCUAGUUAGUGGUGUUGUCUGGAUUUUACUGUAAUUUUGUUAUUCUCGUACAACUUUACCUCGUUCUAAGGAUUUCACAGUUGAUUAAAAUCCUUAACUUUUAAUGACUCAAAUUAUAUCUAUGGAAUCCGCUUGGAUCCUUUUGAAAGAAUUAUCUCAGGCCAAAUGUCAGGGAUCCCCAUUAAGUAUAGUUAAUUACAAUGAAAAUACAAAUAAGAGGCAAAUAAAUGGAUAUUUCUUUAGACUUUUUGAGCCCCAUUAUGGCAGAAGAUACAUAGAGUACAACUGGAGUGCUUUGUGCAAGUUUGUAGCAGUCAGUUUCCUCCUACAUCUUGAAAUCUGGGACAGUUGGCACCUAUGUUAUAUUUAUGUCUUAAAAUGGCUGCCAGCAGACGUCAUCAAUGUGAAGAAAAAAAUUGAAAUAUGUUAUAUAAUAUGUUAAAUGGUAUUUUAUAAAAUUUCAAAAAUGUGAUUUGGAUUACUCUUGGGAUUAAUUUGUUUAUGAAAGUCCACUUGCCCUUUAAGAGUUAAAUUUUACAGUAAGCAUGUGUAACUUUUUUCGUGUGUGCAGUGAAUUUCCUGUUUCUUCAUAUUAUAUCUCUAUUCAUCUACAGAAAAACAGUGAAACAAGGCCACUAGUUUAUCACUUUAUGACUUUAUUACUUAACCCUUCUCCCGCUGUACAAUGUAUUUGCCAUGUGUAAACAUGACACAUGAUCUGUCCCUCAAAUAAAAAUAAUACACACAUCUUCCCUGAUAUUUUUCAGUGAUACGAGAUAGGGGCGGAUAGUAAGGGAUGUGGUUAACUCGAUUUCUGGAGACCAUUUACAAACUUCUAGUGGAGCUAGAAAGAUAAGCAACUGGCUUUCAUUUCAGUUUAUCAUUCUUCUGUAUGAUUGUGACAACGAGAUAAACAAGCAAUCUACGGAAACCGCAGAAUUUAGAGAGGAAUUUUUUGACUGAUUUAAAAAAAUGUCAGGGGAGAAGGAUUAUCUUUCAAAUUUCCACUAAUAUUGUAAGCAUACACUAUGCAGCACUGCAAAACUACAAGUCCUCCUCCUUUUCCUCCUACACAGCGCUGUGUUUAGCAUGAGGCUGACCAGGCAUUUGCUUUGGGCGGCACUUUAAGAGGGGAACCCCCCCAAACGCCCUGACAAAUGCCUUGCAAGCCUCUUGUCCCGGGAGACCAGAGAGCAGGUUGACUGGCCACCACAGGACCUCCCAGAGGCUGGCAUGCACUGAUGUAGGCGGGUGGCGAGGGAGCACUCUCCCCUGAGCUCUUCCUGCUCAGCUCCCUCGUAUGCACCGCAGUGAUGCCUGAGCCGGAAUAUGACGUCACUACGGCAUCACUGAGAGGCGCGCAAUGAAGCUGAGCAGGGAGAUUCGAUCUCCCUCACUGUCCACCUUCACUCAGCGCCUACAUGCCCGACCAUCUGCCGAGCUGUAGCCAGCCCCACUGGACUACAGGGAAAAAUCCACCAAAAUGUAAGCAAAAAUAAAGUAAGUGUGUCUGUUAGUGUGUGUGUGUGUCUGUCAUUGAGAGUGUAUAUGUGUUUGUCAGUGAGUGUGUGUGUGUGUGUGUGUGUGUUUGUCAGUGAAUUUGUGUGUAUGACACUGAGUUUAUAUAUGCCUGUCAGUGAGUAUGUCUGUGUGCUCGUCAGUGUGUAUCUGUCAGGGAGUAUCUGUGUGACACAGAGCGAGUGAGCGUCUGUCAGGGAGUAUGCAUGUGUGUCUUGUCAGUGAGUGUGUAUGUGUCUGUUGGUUAGUGUAUAUGUAUGUGUGUGUGUGUAACUGUGAAUAAGUGAGUGUGUAUGUUUUGACUUACUGAUAAUGAAUGAUGGCUGUCUGGAUACGUUUUUGAGAGCAACUCCUCAGCUUUGCUCAGUCUACUCCUAUCUAUAUAUCUAAUCCUAAUUUCUGAAGUGACCCAUUUAAUAGGAUCUCUGAGUCUGGACAUCCCAUGUAAAAUAACUCCAAACUCUUACUAACUCACUCUAAUGUAUUACAGAAAAUGCAGCCUGGAUUUAAAGUGACAAGUAUGUAAUAUCCAUACAACUCGCUUUCUGCUCUUUAAAGUUAUCAAUUUCAUUUAUUUAUUUGUACAACUUCCAGUGUAUUGUAAAUGUCCAUAUUGAUACUUGGACAAACUCCACUAAUUUUUCAAAUUGAGUUUCUGUGGUGUGACCGUGUGAAUCUGGAAAAGCGACUAGGUUUACUUAAAUGUUGACUAUGUGUGGGCAGGAUGACUGUACGUGCUGGUGGAGGUUUGUUGUGGCAAGUAAUCAUUUUUGCAGGUGGAGGUUUGUUGUGGCAAGUAAUCAUUUUUUCUGGCUAGCAGCACAGGACUUGGAAUUAUGGGAUAUAUCAGCAGUGAGAUAAGAGAUAUUACUGUAUCUACUGAGGGAAGACGCAGAUUAAUUUUAAAUAUGAAUGGGGGCUGAUAUAUAGUGUGUGUGUGUGUAUGUAUAUGUGUGUGUAUAUGUGUAUAUGUAUAUAUAUAUAUAUAUAUAUAUAUAUAUAUAUAUAUAUAUAUAUAUAUAUAUAUAUAUAUAUAUAUAUAAUGUGUGUGAAACGGGGAGGCUGAUCUUGUGUAUUUUAUUUAUAUAUAUAUAUAUAUAUAUAUAUAUAUUGUGGGUUGUUGUUUUUUUUUUGCAAUGUAUGUGGAUGUUAUAAUGGUUUGUAUUUUUUCUAUAGUCAUGGGGCCAUUUUGUCCUUGGAUGAAGGCAACACAAUGGCUUAUGACAGAUCUAAUAACAAGUGAUGAAACCAAAAAGUGACAAAGCAGCUUUAAAGGGACUCUCCAUUGCCCAAAUAAAAUAUAAAACUCAUUAUUUAGUAGGUAUAAUCCAAAUGAAAACAUGCAUGCAUUUAUAUAUGCAUUUUUUUUCCACUGGGGGUUAUAUUUAAAAAAAAAAAAUGCUUGCAAAAGCUACAAAUCUCUUGUCUGCAGCAUUUGCAAGCCCUCCCCUUCUAACCCCACCCAGACUUCCUGUGGCUGUCCAAUCACAGACUUCUCAAUGCAGCUCAAUGAGAAGUCUUGGCAAGGCAGGUGCUCUGAGCAAUUGUUGCUUCUUGUGUUUCUCUCCACUGAGCUAACCAAACCAGGAAGUAACAGGAACAGUCGUCUGAUUGACAGCCUGGGGGUGUAACCAGGUUAAUUUAUAAAAGUGUAGGUUUCUAUUGAAAUCUGCAGUUUUUGUAAAAUGGAAAAAAAAACCACACACUUCACACAUAAAACAUUUCAGCAUAAUAAAGUCACGAUGGUCCUACUUAGGAAUAUUCACUAAACUGUAAACUUCUAAAUUAUAUCAAAAUAAAUGUCAGAUUUUAUGCCCCAGUGGCUAAAUUCUGAAGAAAAAAAACCCCCAAAAAAACACAAUCUCACAGUCCACAGUUUUCAGUGAAUUCACCUUAAUAUUAGAAAAUCAUUUAAUCAAUGAUGGUAAUGUUGUAAAAGAUAUCGGACAUAAUACAAACAAUACUGAAAAAAUAAACACACGUAUUCCGAGCACUCACCGUAAAACAGGUCUCCGUGUUGGCUAAUAGCAGAUUGCACCUUAAAGAUAAAUGUUUCUGACACCGUAGAAUUCUAAACAUGUAUAAAUGAGUUUAGGAAACGCAGUGGAAGAAGUGACCUCUGUGACGGCAGCAGAAGCUAUUUACUAAAGUUCAUCCAGGGAUGUUCAUUACUUUCAUCUGUCACUAUAAACAAACUUUCUAAAGUGCCCCUAAUGGAAUCCACUUUCCCUGGGUGCAGCGAAGGGGCAAUGUUAGCUGAAGCAAGAACAUUAAUAUUGUCCAUUCUCAUUAUAUACAUUGAGAGAAAUGACUGUGUGAUGUAGGCGCUAGAUGUGUGCAUUGAUUGGGGAUUGAUUGAGUCGGACAAAUCGUUUUUCACAAAAUUGAAAUUUAGUUUGGAAUAUUAUACCCUCAGCCGAACACCGUUAAUAAAAAACCUAUUCAAGUGAGAAAAGGUAACCAAUAGAGGAGAAACAAAAAAUAAAUAUAUAUUUUUUUCUGUUCCUCCUUUUUUCCCACCUCUAUUAGCCAAUUCUCACUUGGUCCGUGAAUAAAAUCAACAUUUAGUGGCUGUACCAUAGCCAUCGAUCACCUCUCCGUAUAGUGCCACGGACGGAACUCUAAAUAUAGAAUGUUUGGUCACUGUGCUAGUUCUAAGCUUGUAUAUGCAUCCGUACAGCACUGCACACACAGAUUCCUACCACCAGGACCACUUCUGAAAGCAGACCUGGCCAUCUAUCACAUUUACAAUGCUCCUUUAUAAUUGCAGUCAAUAAUAAUCUGAAGUAUUGAUUACAUGCAUCAGCCCAUUGUACAACACAGCAGAGUGUGUAAUAAAUAAUAGAAACUAUCCUUUUAUUUCUUUAAAUGUAAUUUAUUUAUAUUUUUACAUUUCUUAUUUUUUACAUCUUAAUGUUUUUUCCCCCCCAGUUUUAUUUAUUUAUUUUUUUAAAUUUGUUGCCAUUCACGUUAAAUUUUAUGCAGCCUAUACACAAAACGUUCACAUCAAUCCAUUUAUCUUAGGUGGGUUAUACCCCAUCCUGGUUUGUGGUGCAUUUUGAUCAUAUCUCUCUUUUUCCUGAUAAUUAAAUUUUUUUCACUGUGUAUAUUUUUCCUUCUAUCUGUGCUGAAUUGAUUUCACAAGCCUGUUUAAUUUAUAUCUAUAUUCUGGCAUUCAACAAAACUGCUUUCAUUUUAUUCAUUCACUCUUACUUUUUUCAAUAAUCUGAGAUUUUGAAAUGAUUGGACUAAAACAUUGCUUGAUCGAGGGGGGAGUUAAAAACAAAAUAGUAUUUUCUAAUUUCAGAAAUUGUUCAACUUACCACCUGAACUGUGGAUAUGGCCUAUAAUUUGGUAUAAAAAAUUCUUGAACAACUUUCAAUGUUUUUUUAAGUUUUUUUUUUUUUUUGGAACCUUCCAUAUUUUUAAAAUAUUUAAUUUAAAAUACAUUAGGAAUUUUUUUUUUUAUCACCAAAUUUAUCAGAGAUAAUGAAUCAAAGAAAUUAAAAUUGUAUUUCUCUUAAAGUGGGAUUAUUAUGGGGAACAUAUUAUGAUUUAAUUUUAUCAUAAUGCAGUAUAUAUUAAUAUUCCACUGUGCGUGGUUUGUAUGACUUUAGUGUAACCUAUACUGGGGUCUUUAUUCUUCCACCUCUCAUUGAGCGAGGGCAAGUGCCUCCUCUAAGCAGUGUCUGUCAGGCUGCUGCCACUGAUCCAAACAGACAGACAGACUGACUGCUGUCUGUAGAAUAAUCCGGGGACAUAGCAGCUCAGACUGGAAGGUACACAAAUAACCAGGAGGUUAUCUUUUUAUUUUAUUUUUAACUAUAGGACAAUCAUCCUAAAAUGUUGUAACUAUUAAUAUAUGCUAAAACAUAUCCAUUUUCAGGAUAGUUCCCCUUUAAAGUGCACUGUGUAAAUAACUUGUGUGUUGUGUUUUGAAGGUAAAAUAGGGAGGUAGACGGGGUUAAUAUCACUAGCUGGAUUGCACACUGACCCUUAAAUUAGAAGGUAAUGAUGUAUGAAUAAGGUUAAUACAGAAAUGUAACAUGAGUCAGGCUAUCGAUAAUAUAUAUAUAUAUAUAUAUGUAGCCAGUCAAGUAUGGUGUUUGUACUUCAGACCUGGUGGUGAGUAAUUUCAUUCAUGAAACAAAUAUUUGCAAUGUGGCUUCUGUUAGCUUGCCAAAAAGAUGAAUUUAUGCUUUCCAAGUGGAAUAUGCUUUCUCACCCAAAAAAUGCUGUACACUCCAAGAAGGAGGGCGGCUGGGACUGUUUAAAGCUACAGUAAUAUUUGGAAGUGGAAGCAGUUACAAUUGUCAGGAUGAAGGUAGAAAGGCGCAAUGGAACCAAAACCUGUAAAAGCAUUUUUUUGUUUCCGUACUUUGUUUUUAUUGAUCGUGUGCAGUGCAAUAUGUUUUAAUAUUGAGCGACCGCUGCAGCCGAUUCUGAAAAUGCUACUUAUUGCUGUGUAUUAGAAGGGCGUAGUGGCAUAAUUACAAUGUGCUGGUGGUUGAUGGGUCUCGCGCUCUCUUUUGCUCUCUUUCGCGCUCUCUUUCGCGCUCUCUUUCGCGCUCUCUUUCGCGCUCUCUUUCGCGCUCUCUUUCGCGCUCUCUUUCACGCUCUCUUUCACGCUCUCUUUCACGCUCUCUUUCGCAAUCUCUCGCGCUCUUUCACGCUCUUUCAUGCUCUCUCGCGCUCUUUCACGCUCUCUCUUUCCUCAACAAAAAUCCCCCAAACCAAUUCCUGUUGGAUUCAGCUAUUCAGCAAGCACCCUGCCUAUAUAGACUCUCAGUCUUCUAAGCAAGCAACAGUCUGUCACUGUACUUAUUGUGACCUCAGUGUGUUUACAGUUCUGUUUAAUCUAGAAAGUGCCCUUUGUCACACUGUAUAAACAAGUGAUACAUACAAUACAUUUUGGCUAAUUUGAAUAGAAUCACUUAUGCAGAUGACAAGUGGCAUGUCUUGGUGAACUCUGCAGACCCCAUGGUAAUUAUUGGAGAUCAUUUGUAGAACAGCUGACUUCCCAUCUCUGACCUUGUGUUGUACAGCUCAUGGGUGGUCACUGAGUGACUGACCCCCAAUCCCUCUAUCAUCCCACAUCAGGCAGGUGUGCAAUUUCUUAAUCCUAUCGAAGAUGGUUAUAUUAAAAGAUAAAUACUUCAUCAACAGCCACAGUGUAAAACCCCCAUUGGAUGUGACCUCGUGGUAGGAAGGAGUUAUGGUAGAAAGCGCGUAGUAAAAAGUUACCAGUGACUCGGCUACUUUGGCACAACAUUAAUUGCUUUUCAUUUUGGGUUAGUUGGAUUGACAAUUUUUUUGUUUGGAACAGUUUUAUAAAAGAAUAAAUACAUAAAAAAGUUUUUUUUUUUUUUUCUGUAGCUUGCAUAACUGGGAGUAGGGGAGGGUUUGACCUGCAUGUCAGAAGUUGUACAGCCUUCUCUAGGAUAUUCCAAAUAACAGUCUCCUGUCAUACUACAAGUGCAAAAAAAAGAAUUUAGAAGAUCACAGACUUUGGAAUAAAAAAGUAAAGCUACAUUUAAGUGG